AUGCCUGUGAUGAAGGGAUUAUUAGCGCCGCAGAACACGUUUCUGGACACUAUAGCCACCCGGUUUGAUGGCACUCACAGCAACUUCAUUCUGGCCAAUGCUCAGGUGUCGAAGGGCUUUCCCAUUGUCUACUGCUCGGAUGGCUUCUGUGAGCUCACGGGCUUCUCUCGGGCAGAGGUCAUGCAGAAGAGCUGCGCCUGUAAGUUCCUAUAUGGGCCUGAGACCAGUGAAAGUAUCAUCCUCAGCAUUGAUGAGGCCUUGGAGAAGCGCGAAGAGUUUAAGGAUGAGAUCAUGUUCUACAAAAAGACAGUUGUGUUGUUCUGGUGCCUGCUGGACAUUGUGCCAAUUAAGAAUGAGAAGGGUGACGUGGUGCUGUUUCUGGCUUCAUUUAAGGACAUCACUGACACUAAAGUCAAAGCCAUCCAAGAGGACAAGAGGGAAGAACGACGGCGCGGCAGGGUGAAAACAGGCUCUCCAUUCAGUUCAGCUCGUCUGCGGAGCAGUACCGUGCUUUACCACAUCUCUGGUCACCUCCACAGCAGAGAGAAGAGCAAGAUUAAACUCAACAAGAAUGUCUUUGGCGACCCACCAGCUCUACCUGAGUACAAGGUAGCAGAUGCCAAGAAGUCCAAAUUCAUCCUACUACACUACAGCACAUUCAAAGCAGGAUGGGACUGGUUGAUUCUGCUCGCCACGUUCUAUGUUGCCGUGACGGUGCCCUAUAAUGUGUGCUUUAUUGGUAACGACGAUGACCUGACCCGCAGCACGACCGUCAGUGACAUUGCCGUGGAGAUAUUGUUCAUCAUAGACAUAGUUUUCAAUUUUCGUACCACUUUUGUCAGCAAGUCAGGCCAGGUGGUUUUCGACGCACGACAGAUAUGCAUCCAUUACCUGACCACGUGGUUUAUCAUCGACUUGGUGGCUGCAUUGCCCUUUGACCUGCUCUAUGCCGUGAAAGUCAGUGUGGUGUCAGUGGUGCACCUGUUGAAAACUGUGCGUUUACUUCGACUGCUGAGGCUGCUCCAAAAGAUGGACCGCUACUCGCAGCACAGCACCGUGGUUCUGACCUUGCUGAUGUCCAUGUUUGCCCUUCUGGCCCACUGGAUGGCCUGCAUAUGGUACAUCAUUGGCAAGAAGGAAAUGGACACAAACAACUGGGAUAUUGGAUGGCUCCAUGAACUGGGAAAGCGUCUGGAGCUGCCAUACUAUCCCACAGGAGGUGUUAACAGGACUGGUAAUAGCAGUGGUCUCCCCAUCCGCAGUGUCUACAUCUCUUCGCUCUACUUCACACUCAGCAGUCUCACCAGCGUGGGCUUUGGCAACGUGUCAGCCAAUACUGAUGCUGAGAAGAUCUUCUCCAUUUGUGUCAUGCUCAUAGGAGCACUGAUGCAUGCCUUGGUCUUUGGUAAUGUGACAGCCAUUAUCCAGAGGAUGUACUCACGCUGGUCCCAGUACCACACCAAAACCAAAGACCUCAAGGACUUCAUACGUGUCCAUCAUCUGCCGCAGAGCCUCAAGCAGCGAAUGCUGGAGUACUUUCAAACAACCUGGUCGGUCAACAAUGGCAUCGACUGCAAUGAGCUGCUGAAGGACUUCCCAGAUGAGCUGCGAUCUGACAUCACCAUGCACCUUAACAAGGAGAUCCUGGAGCUGUCGCUGUUUGCCUCUGCCAGUCGCGGCUGCCUGCGCUCCCUGUCACUGCACAUCAAGACCUCCUUCUGUGCUCCGGGAGAGUACCUCCUCCGACAGGGUGACGCUCUCCAGGCCAUCUUCUUCGUCUGCUCAGGGUCCAUGGAAGUGCUGAAAGAUGGCAUGGUGCUGGCCAUUCUGGGUAAAGGUGACCUGAUCGGAGCGAACCUGUCCUUAGAUAACCGGGUGAUAAAAACCAAUGCAGAUGUGAAAGCCCUGACCUACUGUGACCUGCAGUGUAUCAACCUGAAAGGACUCUAUGAGGUGUUGGACCUCUACCCUGAAUACUCUCACCACUUCGUCCAGGACAUCCAGCAGGACCUCACGUACAACCUGAGGGAGGGACACGAGGCGCACGUGAAGGCCAGACUCUCCACAACAGCUCAAGAGACUCAGUCAGGGGUGAAAAGGAAUGGGCAAUUGGUUCAGGGCUAUCCACCAAUCACAGAGGCACAGGAGGAACAUGAGGAAGAAGAUGCAGAGCUGGAGGAGCAUGAGGCCAUGUCUAUAUCUUUGUCAUCGGAGCAGAAGCGAGCAGCGAACCUCAGGGACGCUGGUGAGAAGUCUUCACUGUGCGGACCCAGCCAGAAGAACGUGGCACAGAUCUCCAGCAGGUCUCGGAGGACGAUCCGGGAAAUUACGCUCAACACUUUAGAUCCUUCCAACCUCAGUCCCAGGAUAGUGGAUGGUACUGAAGACAGUGAGGGGACAGAGAGUUCCCUGACCUUCUGCUUCUCUACCAGCCAAGGUCACCAUGUCAGUGGACCAACCAGUACCUCAGCAUCUACCACAGAUAUGCUGCACAUCAGCACAGCAGAAAUAGCAGCUAAAGCAGAGGAGACCAGAGGACAACUGCGACACCUCGACCAACAGGUGAGCACCCUUCGGAGAGAAGUGGCUGACCUGGGGCAGGUCAUGAAGAGAAUGGCUCAGCUCAUGGAAACCCUCAUGACAUCAGUGCCACAACCUGCAGUAGUUUGCCCCACACACUACUCCCCCGCACACCACACAUACCUGCACCAUUCCCCCUCCCCUCAGACUUACCCUUCACCAUUCCCCUCUCAGACUGCAACCAUGUGGACAGACACAUCCAUGUCAUUACCUUCCUCCCCCCUCAUAAUCUCCCAGCAGCAUGGUGCGGUGUGCCAUGUGGACUCCCUCAUACACAGAAAUCAGGAUCUCCAUUUAGGGGACUUAACUGUUCUCAGCUCAACUCCACCUCCAGCUGCCAACUCAUCAGCCCUUCAAGUGCAGCCAUCCUCUGUGAUCUCAGAGCCACACAUGCCUUUGUCACACCUCAGCUCGCCAGAGUUUUCCCACUGCAGAGGCAGAGCUUCUAGCUUCACUAGUCCAGGUGCACACAGUCCACCUCCGCGGGACGGAGGAGAUGAGGGUCUUAUUCAGAGCUCUGGUGGUUCUCCUCAUGUCUACCACAGUCCAACCAAUGAUUUGUAG